AUGCAAAAGCAGAAGAUUGAACGAGGACCGCGAGGCAGAUAUGCACGCCUGAUUUGCCGUGGUUGCAGAGCACGAAAAAUAAAAUGCAUCCUGCCAUCGCGUGCGGACAUGGGGCCACUGUGCAGCCCGCAGCCCGAGUCUACAAGUUGCGAACGAUGUCGAAAUCUAGAUUUAGAAUGCCUUGUCGAGCAGACUCACCUUGGGCGUCCAGCAGCGAAAAGUGUUAUUCGGCCGAUGGUGAGUAGUAAACCUGAGGGGUCUGCUAGCUCACGUAUGCAAGAUGAAGAGAGAUCCAAGCUCUCGAACUCGAUUCGGCAAUUCCUGUUCUCUAGUGCGAUGAAUGUCAAUUUGGUAGAGAGCAUAUGCGGACAUACAGGAGCUCUGUCCAACGAAGACGAUCUUUACUAUUCCAUGACUUGCAUUAAAGCCUUUGUUGCCUUGGUCUUAGCCAAAGACACUUCCUUUGGUGCUGGUAUCCUUCUGAGAACUGCUUGUGACACCCUACUGACAGACAUUGUCGGUCGCGAGCUAGCCACCUCGCUUGACAAUCUACAGGCUGGUCUGGCAAAGAUUUUUUAUACCUGGAACUCCAAGUCUGACCGUAUUAAGAGAACGCUUACUGUCAAGUGA